UUGCGGCGCUUUCCGCGGGGGAACUGUGUAAUGAGUGGGGAAACUUAAAAGUUGGAGACUGCAGACCCGGCAUGGGCAGCAAGAAACUAAAACGAGUGGGUUUAUCAGAAGAGCUGUGUGACCGUCUGAGUAGACAUCAGAUUCUUACCUGUCAGGACUUUCUAUGUCUUUCCCCACUGGAGCUUAUGAAGGUAACUGGUCUGAGUUACCGAGGUGUCUAUGAACUUCUAUGUAUGGUCAGCAAGGCCUGUGCCCCAAAGAUGCAAACGGCUUAUGGAAUAAAAGCACAAAGGUCUGCUGAUUUCUCACCAGCAUUCUUAUCUACUACACUUUCUGCUUUGGAUGAAGCCUUGCAUGGUGGUGUGGCUUGUGGAUCCCUCACAGAGAUAACAGGUCCACCAGGUUGUGGAAAAACUCAGUUUUGUAUAAUGAUGAGUAUUUUAGCUACAUUACCCACCAACAUGGGAGGAUUAGAAGGAGCUGUGGUGUACAUUGAUACAGAGUCAGCAUUUAGUGCUGAAAGACUGGUUGAGAUAGCAGAAUCCCGUUUUCCCAGAUAUUUUAACACUGAAGAAAAAUUACUUUUGACAAGUAGUAAAGUUCAUCUUUAUCGGGAGCUCACCUGUGAUGAAGUUCUACAAAGGAUUGAAUCUUUGGAAGAAGAAAUUAUCUCAAAAGGAAUUAAACUUGUGAUUAUUGACUCUGUUGCUUCUGUGGUCAGAAAGGAGUUUGAUACACAACUUCCAGGCAAUCUCAAAGAAAGAAACAAAUUCUUGGCAAGAGAAGCAUCUUCCUUGAAGUAUUUGGCUGAGGAGUUUUCAAUCCCAGUUAUCUUGACGAAUCAGAUUACAACCCAUCUGAGUGGAGCCCUGGCUUCUCAGGCAGACCUGGUGUCUCCAGCUGAUGAUUUGUCCCUGUCUGAAGGCACUUCUGGAUCCAGCUGUGUGACAGCUGCACUAGGAAAUACCUGGAGUCACUGUGUGAAUACCCGGCUGAUCCUCCAGUACCUUGAUUCAGAGAGAAGACAGAUUCUCAUUGCCAAGUCCCCACUGGCUCCCUUCACCUCAUUUGUCUACACCAUCAAGGAGGAAGGCCUGGUUCUUCAAGAGACAACAUCUUGCUCUAUCACCCAAGCUGAACUGGCUGGACUCCUGGGCUCCAGCAAUCCCCCCACCUCAGCUUUCGGAGCAGCUAGGACUCCAGGUGUGCCACCAUGCCCAGCUAAUUUUUAAAUUUUUUGUAGAGGUGGGGUCUCAUGACUUUGCCCAGGCUGAUCUCAAACUCCUGGCCUCAAGCAAUCCACCCACCUCAGCCUCCCAAAGCACUCGGGUCACAGGCAUAAGAUUCUGGCAGUCCAAUGAGAAUGUUGUCCUUAGCAGUCUCAUCCAGUGACUGCUGGAGAUGUGUAUACGGCUACAAGAAUGAGAAAGGGGGCAAUGAAGUGACAGAUGACCUGCUCAGAUGCCCCUCCCCAGACCAGAUGUCCCAGGCACAGGGCCCGUGCCCCUCCACGGUGGAGUACAUUUUCUCCCUGGCUUGCUGCUGGGCUAAAGGACCAGGGAUGCCGAAACAGGAGGUGAACUAAGGCACCCCCCAACACACCCUCUGUAGCAGCUUGAGUUUCUUGAGGCUGAGACAAACUAGGACCCAGCAGCCUAGAUUUUGCCCCCGUUUCUCCGCUGAGUACUUGCUCAGCGCAUCUGAGCCGAUGCCUUCCCCUUUGCCUAGACGAACCACAGCGUUUCGGUAAACACCUCAGUAUACUAGGAGCGCUGGGACUUUUAUUCUCUUCCCCUCCCAAUCAUCUGCUCCAAUGGAGCAGAACAUUUACAUGGAAAAUCCUGAACAUGGAAGAUGAUUUUAAAAUGAUUCACCCUAGAAGACAUGUUUCCAGUUGCUUCUACAGGUUUACCAUGCUAAAGACGUUUCGCUUCCUUUGCUGUUACAAUAAGCUUGCCUCUCUUGUAGAAAAGAUGGCCAGGGCCAAAGGGAAAUCAGUCAAGGGAGCCUGUUUUGUCUGAAAUGAGGCAUCAAUGAAUAAAUGAAUUGAGUAUAACUGUCUUUUUACAACAGUGUUUCUGCGGAAUUAAAGGAACAUCCAAAGCCACUCCUGGCUCGAAUAGAUUAAAUUUGUCCUUGUGUUCAGAGCAAGGCUUGUGAAGUUUAUCUGGCCCAUCAAAUGGCCAAUGACUAUUAAGGAAGGACUAAGUGACUUAUGACCAGAACAAGGGAGCAGGCUGAGUCAGUCUCCCCAGUGUCUGCAUCGUGCUAUUUAUAGUAGCAAAAAUGGACACGACCUAAAUGUUCAACCAUAUGGUAUUAGUUAAAUUAACAUCUAUAUGAUGGAAUACUAGGUAGUGAUUAAAAUUAUGUGUCAGGAGAAGGUUUAGUCUCAUGGGAAAAUGAUCACACCACAUCAUUAAAGAGAAAAAACAGAUUAUAAAGCAAUAUGCAUACAAUGUAGCAGUUCUGUAAGAAAAAAAGUAUUAUGUACAUUUUAACUGGAAAAAUAUGUAUCAAAAUGUCAACAGUG